AUGGGAUCUGCCUGUGUUCCUGGUCUCAAGCCUCCUUCUCCUGCCUGUGCUCUUUGGGACCCCAUCCUCUGGUCUAACACUAUGAUGUGUGGCCCCAUCAGAGGGCUGCUCCUGGCCCUAGUGGUGGGAUUUGGCAUGGUGGUGGCAUUUGCACCCAUACCCCGGAUCACCUGGGAACUUGGAGAUCUGAUGCAGUUUCAUGAGCCAAGCAUCUUCAACUACUCAGAGUUGCUGCUGAAUGAGUACAAGAAUUUGCUCUAUGUUGGUGCCCGGGAGGCCGUCUUUGCACUGAACAUGCUCAACAUCUCUCAGAAGAAACAGGAGGUACAAUGGAAGGCCUCAGAUGAGAGAAAGGCAAACUGCAUAGAAAAAGGGAGAUCAAAAGAGACAGAAUGCCUCAACUACAUCCGGGUGCUGCAGCAAUUAACAUCCGAUGUCCUCUAUGUGUGUGGGACCAAUGCAUUCCAGCCCACAUGUGACUAUCUGAACAUAAUAUCAUUUAAAUUUCUAUGGAUGAAGCAAGAUGGCAGAGGAAAAUGUCCCUUUAACCCUGCACAUACUUACACCUCUGUCAUGGUUGAUGGAGAGCUUUAUGCUGGGACAACAUAUAAUUUUUUGGGUAGCGAGUUCAUCAUCUCCAGAAACUAUUUCCACAGUCAUCUACGAACAGAGUCUGACAUCCCAUGGCUAUAUGAGCCUAAUUUCAUCCAUGCUGAUGUGAUACGAAAAACCCCUUCUGGCAUCAAGGGUGAUGAAAACAAGGUCUACUUCUUCUUCACGGAAGUGUCUGUCGAGUAUGACUUUUUUUUCCAGUUAAAGAUCCCCCGCAUUGCAAGAGUGUGCAUGGAUGACCAAGGUGGCAAGAAGAUUUUGCAGAAUAAGUGGACUUCCUUCCUGAAGGCUAAGCUACUCUGCUGCCAUCCAGAUCUAGGCCUCUUCUUUAAUGUACUGCAAGAUGCCUUCAUUCUCCGGCCCCCAGCAGUGAAGGAGCCUGUGUUCUACGUAGUCUUCACAUCACAGCUGAACAGUGUGUGUCUGUCUGCAGUCUGCACCUACACACUGUCCACAGUGGAGGCAGUGUUCUCUCAUGGGAAUUACAUGCAGAAAGCACAUGUGGAUUUUUACCCCAAGUGGCUGACCUACCAUGGUGAAGUGCCCACGCCUCGGCCUGGAAUGUGCAUCAACAGCGAGACACGUGCAGCCAACUACAACAGCUCUUUGCAUUUACCAGACAAAACACUGCUGUUCAUCAGAGACCACCCUUUGAUAGCAGAGUCAGUAACUCCAAUAGGCAACAAGCCCAUAUUAGUGAAAAAAGAUGUGAACUACACCCAGAUCGUGGUGGACAGGACCCAGGCCCUGGACAAGAACUUCUAUGAUGUCAUGUUUAUCGGCACAGCACACGGCACCCUGCACAAAGCUGUCCAGCUCCAGAACGGCAUGCACAUCAUUGAGGAGACACGGCUUUUCCAGAACUCUGAGCCAGUCCAAAACCUGUUGCUGUCUUCAAAGAAGGGCAGCAAGUUUGCCUACGCCAGCUGCAACUCAGAAGUGGUCCAAGUCCCUCUGGCCUUCUGCAGGAAGCACAGCAGCUGUGAGGAGUGUGUGCUGGCCCGGGACCCCUACUGUGCCUGGAGCCCAUCAGAGGGCGCCUGUGUGGCUCUUCCUGAGGCCCAGGACUGCACCAGCAGGUAUUGGACUUGCAUUCAGGACAUGAGUGGUGAUGUAUCUUCAUGCCCAAGAAUAUACUGGUACCAGAAGACUACUUAUACUAAGAAUUGUACAGCUUACCUCAAAUGCCCCCCCAAAUCCAACAUAGCUCAGGUGGUAUGGAAAUUCCAAAAUAAUGUGUUGAAUAUCACAGGAUAUAAAUACAGUUUUGCAAGUAAGAAAAACCUGAUCAUCUUCAACCUGUCUGAGAGAGACAGUGGGGUAUACAGCUGCCUGUCGGUGGAGAAGAUUGGCAACACUACAGUCUCUCAUGUGCUGAAGAGGUAUAUACUGGAAGUGAAUCAUGACCCAAAACCUGACUGA